UGUUAGCGCCGGCAUAAAGUAGCUCUGGUUCUGAAUGUACACAAAACGACACGAGCACCGCAACGGCGCCCUGUCCUUCAGAACUACACAACAUCUUAAAAUAAAACUUGCUUUAAUUCAAAGCUUUAGGUCUUUCCUUUCCCUUCGAAAGCUAUAUAAAGCCGUUGAGCCUCCACAGUUGAGUUUGCCAAAGCAAUCAUGGGUUCGUUGAAGAGAAAAUCGACGGGCGACACAGCAGCGGAACCUCUACCUCCGCCGAAACAAAAGCAGAGAGAAAGCGGCUCGCCGCUUCCCUCCGCCAACAACGACGAAGAACCCGUUGCUUGCUUACACGACGUGUCGUAUCCGGAAGGCUAUGUUCCUCCUCCUCCUCCUCCUCCUUCCUCUUCGGCUUCGGCGGCGGCGAAAGAGUUCCCUUUCACUUUAGACCCUUUCCAGUCCGAAUCCAUCAACUGCCUUGAAAACGGCGAGUCCGUCAUGGUGUCAGCCCAUACUUCUGCUGGGAAAACUGUGGUAGCAUUGUAUGCGAUUGCUAUGUCGUUGCGAAAUAAGCAGAGGGUCAUAUACACUUCACCAAUCAAGGCGCUCAGCAACCAAAAAUAUAGGGAGUUCAAACAAGAGUUUUCAGAUGUUGGGUUGAUGACAGGUGAUGUGACAAUUGAGCCGAAUGCUUCUUGCUUGGUGAUGACUACAGAAAUUUGGCGUAGUAUGCAGUACAAAGGGUCGGAGAUUACGCGAGAGGUUGCUUGGAUUAUUUUUGAUGAAGUACAUUACAUGCGUGACCGGGAAAGAGGUGUAGUUUGGGAGGAAAGCAUCGUUAUGGCCCCAAGGAAAUCUCGAUUUGUAUUCCUAUCGGCAACUGUACCUAAUGCAAAGGAAUUUGCUGAUUGGGUUGCUAAGGUUCACCAACAACCAUGUCACAUUGUUUAUACAGAUUAUAGGCCAACACCUCUUCAGCAUUAUAUUUUCCCUUCUGGCGGUGAUGGUCUUUACUUGGUGGUGGAUGAAAAGGGAAAAUUUCGUGAGGAUAGCUUUCAGAAAGGUUUAAACUCGCUUGUCCCUGCUAGUGAGGGUGACAAGAAAAAGGAGAAUGGGAAGUGGCAAAAGGGAUUGGCUAUGGGUAGAGUUGGUGAAGAAAGUGACAUCUUCAAGAUGGUGAAAAUGAUCAUUCAGCGUCAAUAUGAUCCUGUCAUACUUUUCAGCUUUAGCAAAAGAGAAUGCGAAUUUCUUGCAAUGCAGAUGGCAAAAUUGGACCUGAAUGGGGAUGAUGAGAAGGUGAACAUAGAAACCAUCUUUUGGAGUGCUAUGGAUAUUCUUUCAGAUGAUGAUAAGAAGCUGCCUCAGGUUUCAAAUAUUUUACCCCUCUUGAAACGUGGAAUAGGUGUGCAUCAUUCUGGCUUGCUUCCCAUUUUGAAGGAAGUUAUUGAGAUACUAUUUCAAGAAGGACUGAUCAAGUGUUUAUUUGCCACAGAGACCUUCAGCAUAGGUUUGAACAUGCCUGCAAAAACUGUUGUGUUUACAAAUGUCCGUAAAUUUGAUGGAGAUAAGUUCAGAUGGCUAUCCAGUGGAGAGUAUAUACAGAUGAGUGGCCGUGCUGGUCGUCGAGGUAUUGAUACGCGUGGAAUAUGCAUCCUUAUGCUUGAUGAUAAAUUGGAACCUUCUACUGCUAAAAUGAUGCUUAAAGGAAGUGCUGAUUGUUUGAACAGUGCCUUCCAUUUAAGCUACAAUAUGCUUUUGAACCAAAUGCGUUGUGAAGAUGGAGAUCCUGAAAAUUUGCUCCGUAAUUCAUUCUAUCAGUUCCAAGCUGACCGUGCCAUUCCUAGUCUUGAGAAAGAAGCAAAGGAUCUUGAAGAAGAGAGGGAUUCAAUUGUAAUUGAAGAAGAAGAUAGUUUGAAAAAUUAUUAUGAUCUGCUACAGCAGUACAAGAGCUUGAAGAAGGAUGUUCAUGAUAUUUUGUUUUCUCCAAGGUACUGCUUGCCUUUCUUGCAGGCUAGCAGGCUUGUAUGUAUUCAAUGCUAUAAGAGUGAAGAAGCUUCCCCAUCUUUCUCUAUCAAGGAUGAGGUCACAUGGGGAGUAAUAUUAAAUUUUGAAAGAGUGAAAACUGUAUCUGAAGAUGAUGCAAAUAGGAAGCCAGAAGAUGCAGACUACACAGUGGAUGUUCUUACAAGAUGUGUGGUGAGCAAAGAUGGAAUUGGGAAAAAAACCAUUAAGAUUGUUCCAUUUAAAGAGCCUGGGGAACCUGUUGUUGUUUCUGUUCCUUUAUCUCAGAUUAUUAGUUUGAGUAGUCUCAAAUUGUUCACUAUACCAAAAGAUCUUUUGCCCUUGGAAGCUCGAGAAAACACACUGAAGAAGGUUUCAGAAGUUCUUUCUAGAUUUGCCGAAAAAGGGGUGCCCCUUCUAGAUCCAGAAGAAGAUAUGAAGAUUCAAAGUAGCUCAUACAAAAAAGCGGCUCGUAGAAUAGAGGCUUUAGAGAGCCUUUUUGACAAGCAUGAAGUUGCUAAAUCUCCCCUUAUUGAACAAAAGCUCAAAGUUUUACACACAAAGUACGAAUUGACAGCAAAGAUCAAGUCAAUUAAGAAGUCAAUACGUUCUUCCACUGUAUUGGCUUUUAAGGAUGAACUUAAGGCAAGAAAACGGGUUCUUCGGAGGCUAGGGUAUGCCACAAGUGAUGAUGUUGUGGAGUUGAAGGGGAGAGUUGCUAGUGAAAUCAGUAGUGCGGAUGAGUUGACACUGACAGAGCUAAUGUUCAAUGGGGUUUUAAAGGACGUUACAGUGGAAGAGAUGGUUUCUCUGCUUUCUUGUUUUGUCUGGCAGGAGAAACUUCAAAAUGCUACAAAGCCUAGGGAAGAACUUGAAUUGCUCUUUGCACAAUUACAAGAUACAGCUCGUAAGGUUGCUAAAGUUCAGCUUGAGUGCAAGGUCCAAAUUGAUGUUGAGAGCUUUGUGAGUUCAUUUCGGCCUGAUAUCAUGGAGGCUGUGUAUGCUUGGGCAAAAGGAUCCAAAUUCUAUGAGAUAAUGGAAAUUACGCAGGUUUUUGAGGGCAGUUUGAUUCGGGCAAUUCGUAGACUGGAGGAAAUUCUUCAGCAGCUCAUACAAGCAGCAAAAUCUAUUGGAGAAACUGAGCUUGAAUCAAAAUUUGAAGAGGCUGUCUCUAAGAUCAAGAGAGAUAUAGUCUUUGCAGCAUCUCUGUACUUGUAGUUUACCAGGAAAAUGAUUUUUUUUAAUAGUUGUUAUUAGUAUUUGUGAUGCUGCCUAGGGAUGUAGAAGCAUCACAAAUUAAUCUCAACUCCAUAUAUUUAGGGAGGUCUCUUUGUAGAGGGCAAGAAGAGGUGAUUAGCAUAGGUUCAGGAUGGCACAGCAUCAGCAAUUUUGGGAUGAACAUUAAAAAUCAUAAUUGUUUUUCUUUUUUCUUUUAUUUUUAUUUCUUUAUGUUUGUUUUAGUUUUGCUAAGAUAUAUGCAGAUGGAAAUGAACAUGUAAUUUAUAAGAAAUGUUAUACCAAUUAUUGGA